ACGAAGUCCACGCUGUGAACAAGAGCAGUUACGCGGCCUUUGAAAAGUUACUAUGGAAGAAGUGCAGCAGGGCAGCAAUGGCACCGAGUUACAGACUGCCACCACUGCCACAGCCGCUCAGUUCUCACAGAUAGCCCAACAGAUGGCACUGAGUGGUGGUUCUGUGGCUGUCGUACAACUGCCAGGGGGUCAGUUUCAGGUUCAAGGAGUGAUCCAGUCUGCACAGUCAUCAGUCAUUCAAUCCCCUCAGAUGCAGUCUGCACAGGCUGUGGGUUCAGACAGUGACGAUUCACAGGACUCCUCAGACAGUGGAAGUGCAGCUCAAAAGACUAGAGAAAUACUUGCGAGACGGCCUUCUUACAGAAAAAUCCUAAAUGAACUUUCAGCUGAGGAAGUGACGCAUAUUGAGGGAAAAGAUAACAGCCCGGUAUCCACAGGAGUGACAGGUGUUACUGUUCCCACCACCCAAAUCUACCAGACCAGCACCGGCCAGUACAUUACCAUUAACGCAAAUGGAACAAUCCAGCUGGCAGGGUCUGAAGGCCUUCAGGGGCUACAGGCUGUAACCAUGGCCAACUCUGGAGCCCAGUCAGGCACGACCAUCCUUCAGUACGCCCAGACACCUGACGGCCAGCAAAUACUGGUGCCCAGCAACCAGGUUGUUGUACAAGGUGCAGGAGGAGAGGUGCAAACAUACCAGAUUCGCACAGCGCCAACAUCCAGCUCCCUGCCUCAGACUGUAGUUAUGACCUCUCCUAUGGGACUAUCUCAGGGCAAGAGUGACGACCCAACAAUGAAGAGGGAAAUCAGGCUCGCGAAAAACAGGCAAGCAGCACGUGAAUGUCGACGGAAGAAAAAGGAAUAUGUAAAAUGCCUUGAGAACCGUGUAGCAGUUCUUGAAAACCAAAACAAGACCCUUAUUGAAGAACUCAAAACAUUAAAGGACCUUUAUUGUGUUAAAACAGGAUAACCUGUUUUGAAUAGAGGUUGAGGAUUGGGACAUUGUUUGGGAGCAACACAGUUCAGCCAUUUGGACAUGAACAGGGUUUCUGGGAACACUUUAUUUCAGGCUGAGAUCCUCCAAUUUUUUUACUCUGUUUGAUAUAAAAGUGACUUGUGAUGGCAGUAAGAUAUACUCGACAAACAAAAAAAAAGAAAUUGGCCAUUUUCCACCUGCUGUUUUUUAAAGAUUUGCUAAUGCUAUAACAUUUAUAGUUGUGUACAUUUUUAAUACUGGGAGGUUUGAAAAUAUGAGCUUUAACUUUGAGUCUCAGUUUGUUAAUGUAUCCCUUUCCUUUUUUUCUUGUGUUUUUAAAAACUGUUGGAGUUUUUUUUAAAUCUUGUAACAGCAUCUGCAGAAUUUUGACUGUAUAAUUACCACACAGACAUAAUUCCUGUUUAUAUAUCGUAAACCAGCAAUUCCCCUUAUUCCCUAUCAGGAGAUGUUACAAUUGUCAUUCCUUUUUUUGUGCAAUGGAAUAUAAAGGGUAACAGAAAUGAU